AUGUCGGAUGACGAAGUAGACCACGAGUUGAUCGCUCUGCUUCGGAAAUCUCUCGGGCUUGGAGGAGGAGCUGCAAAUCCUCGCGCUGCAGAGACAAAAGUCCUGGAAAAUGCGCAAUUCAUUUUUGAUAAUGCCAUCGAUGUUGCCCUAGAUCCCGCGAAAACCAAGGCUGCCGCAGAGACCAUAUGGCGUCUAAUGCAGAAGAAGAAGUACUCAACACACACCUGGACGGAGCAUGAAUUACACCCGAAAACCAAAGAUGAAAGCACUGUAGCCUUUAUCUUCACUAUGGAUCUGCUGAACUUCAGCUUUUGGUCGGAGCUCUCGGAAGGGAAGCGAUUCGCGAUUGAGUAUCGCGGAAAGACGUGGACUGGUUACUGGAGCUUGGUAGCUGCUUUGCAAAGAGCCUUGGAUGAAGAUAUCCCCAUCACUGAUCCAGAGUUCUGGACGGACGAGGAGGCAUGCACCGAAGACGUGAUCAAACAUGUUUUCCGCUCUGCGACGGACGAGGAGAUUCCACUCCUACAGGAGCGGAUACAGUGCCUUCGUGAAGCCGGGCGAGUUCUGUGCACAGAUUUCGAUGGCAGCUUUACUAAUUGCAUCUACAACGCGAAUAACUCCGCAGCCGCUCUUGUAAAUCUUCUUGCAGAGAGCUUCUCUUGUUUCCGCGACGAGACAACCUUCCAUGGACGAAGAGUGCGCCUCUACAAGAGGGCUCAGAUCUUAAUUGCGGAUCUAUGGGCCUGCUUUAACGGAGAGAGCUAUGGUGAAUUUCGCGACAUUGACAAGAUCACAAUGUUUGCAGACUAUCGCAUACCCCAAAUGCUCCACCACCUGGGGUGCCUGCUGUACUCCCCCCCCCUGGAAAGCGCCAUCCGCAGUCGCAAAGUGCUCCCAAGCGGAUCCACCUGGGAAGUCGAACUACGCGGGACAAGUAUCUGGUGCGUCGAGCUCAUCAGACGGGAAAUCGAGCAGAAACACCCAGAAGUCAAGCUCCUGCAAACCAAUGGAAAUCCACACUCCAAUGGACUCCCGCAAUCCAACCACAAUGACACCGAGACAGCACCGCCACAAAACGGCUCGGCACACAAACAUUCGAAGCAAAACAGCGCGAGCAAACCCCACAACACCGGCAUUAAUGCAAUUCUCAUAGAUUUCUUUCUUUACGACACAAUAAAGGAACUAGAGCUAGACGGAGAAGAAUCCAUCCCCCAUCACCGGACCAGGAGUAUCUGGUAUUAAAGUUAGAGAGCAUAAUCGUUGCUUUGCUUCAUCGCUCGGGAUUUUGUUAUACCCCUUCACGACACAGCGUGCGAUAUUUCAUAUAUGGAUUGAGUUUUUUUUUUUUUUUUUUUUUUU